GUGGCGAAGUCGAAGCUUGUCACCACAGUCGGCCUGACCUGUAAAAAGGAUCAGGAUGGAUUUGUGAGCUUAAGACUCACUGAAAUGCUGAAGAACUCUCAGAACACGGAAAACUUUGCCAAGGACUGAGGCUCUGCAGAAUUUAGAUGGUGGACAAGGACAAUGCAGUAAUGUCUGUUCUUGCUAAAUAAUAGCAUCAUUAGGCAAACAGGAAGCUCAUCCAGGAACAACAUUCACACUUCCUUCUUGUAAAAUAUCGAUCUGUGCAAACGAUGUCAGCCUCCAACACAACCAAAGUAAAAAGGGCAAGUCCAGGCUUCAAGCUGUCAAAGAAUAUUAAAAAGCCCACAGCUGCUACUCUGAAAGGUGCCAUCCAGCUGGCCAUUAGCUAUGCUGUGGGAAACCUCAGCUCCAAACCUGACAGAGAUGUUCUCAUGCAAGACUUUUCUCUGGUGGAGAGUGUCUUCUUGCCAAGCGAAGGCAGCAGUUUGACUCCAGCACAUCACUACUCAGACUUCCACCUGAAAACAUACGCACCACUGGCAUUCCGCUACUUCAGAGAGCUUUUCGGAAUCAAAGCAGACGACUACUUGUACUCCAUGUGUAAGGAGCCUCUAAUCGAGCUGACCAACCCUGGUGCCAGCAGCUCCUGGUUCUACCUUACCAGUGAUGAUGAGUUCAUCAUCAAGACUGUGCAGCCUAAAGAAGCAGAGUUCCUACAGAAGCUUCUUGCUGGAUACUACAUGAACCUGAACCAGAACCCAAGAACUUUGUUGCCAAAGUUUUAUGGCCUUUACUGCAUCCAGUGGGCUGGUUUCACUGUCCGUGUGGUCGUGAUGAAUAACGUGCUGCCACGCGCCAUCGAGAUGCACUACAAGUACGACCUGAAGGGUUCGUCGUACAAACGCCGCGCCUCACAAAAAGAACGCAUUAAGUCUUCGCCCACAUUCAAAGACUUGGACUUCCAGGAGAUACACGAAGGCUUGUUCUUUGAUGCGGAGACCUACAACGCCCUAAUGAAGACUCUGCAGAGAGAUUGCAGGGUUCUAGAGAGCUUCAAGAUCAUGGACUACAGUCUUUUGCUGGGAAUCCACGUUUUGGAUAAGAAAGUGUUCAGUAGGGAGAGCAGACUCGACAGUAGGAAAGGUCAAAAAGUCCUCUACUCCACCGCCCUGGAGUCCAUCCAGGGGACCGUGAAAGACCCAGCAAUAGUGAAAGAUGACGACACAUUGGGUGGAAUUCCUGCCAAACAUAGAGAUGAAAAACUCCUCAUCUUUCUGGGAAUAAUUGACAUCCUUCAGUCCUACAGGUUUAUUAAGAAGGUGGAACAUUCCUGGAAAGCCCUUCUACAUGAUGGGGACACGGUUUCGGUUCACAGGCCCAGUUUUUAUGCCGACAGGUUUCUGAAGUUCAUGGGGACGGUGGUAUUCAAACGCAUGCAAACAUUGAGAGGAACGUCUUCGAGGAGGAAGAAGAAUUAUUUUGUUACUGCUCGCUCAGCCUCUCAGGAGUUACUCUCGCCUCACAAUGUGCAACAGAAAGAAGAGAAGAAAGCUCAAAGCAUGGACAACAUCAUUGGUUCCGUUUCCUGCGAACAAGCUCCCUCCUCCAUGUCUACUGAAGAAGAACACCUUGAAAACAGUGAAGAAAGACGAGCUUCUUGUUCAACGAUCGCACUUGAUGAUGCUUUGUCAGCUGUCGCCAGAAGCCUGUCAGACACAGAUAUUGAUGUCCAUUUGUGAGCUGACGGAAGAUGCCGGACGUGUUCCUGGAAGACAUUCCUUUCAAAGACCUGUGACCUCCCACUCUUGCACACAUUAACACACGAUACUGUGUGACAAAACGGAGUAGAGAAAAUACUCGAGAUGCUGACUCUACUUGAAAUCAUUAGAGACUUGCAGUGUCUUGUACUACACUAAACUCAAAUGCACAUACACGUUGGGUGUAACACAACACAUUACAACACAACACAUUACAAAACAGGGCGGCACAGCACAGGAGUUAGUGCAUGUGCUUCACAAUACAAAGGUCCUGGGUUCAAUCCCCAGGCUCGGGAUCUUUCUGUGGGGUGUUUGCAUGUUCUCCGCCGUGACUGUGUGGGUUCCCUCCGGGUACUUCUUCCCACCUCCAAAGACAUGCACCUGGGGAUAGGUUGAUUGGCAACACUAAAUUGACCCUAGUGUGUGAAUGUGAGUCUAUCUGUGUUGCCCUGCGAUGAGGUGGCAACUUGUCCAGGGUGUACCCCGCCUUCUGCCCGAAUGCAGCUGAGAUAGGCUCCAGCACCCCCUGUGACGCCGAAAGUGGUAAAAAAUGGAUGGAUGGGCAUUACAAAACAAUAACAACAUGUUACAUUACAAUACAAUACAAUACAAUAACAAAGCUUUUCAGUUUCCUGCACACGUUGAUAAUAGUUUAAGAAAACCUAUAUUUUCUGAUCAAUAUUCUGUCAGUGGCUGGAUCACUGUGCAUAUGUUUUGUCAGUAUUUAAUUUAUUUUCUUGCCUUGGAGUUGUUGCUAAAUCAAAGAUUUAGAUAUAUAUAUAUCCUGCAUCAUUUCUGAAAUAAAUCAAUCUGUAUGUUAAUGUGUUAGAAAUGGCUUUAAAAGUGAGGUUUUUCUUCUUUAGUUAAAGGCCUACUGAAAUGAUUUUUUUUUAUUUAAACGGGGAUAGCAGAUCCAUUCUAUAUGUCAUACUUGAUCAUUUCGCGAUAUUGCCAUAUUUUUGCUGAAAUGAUUUAGUAUAGAACAACAACGAUAAAGUUCGCAACUUUUGGUCUCUGAUAAAAAAAAAAGCUUUGCCCCUACCGGAAGUAGCGUGACGACACCGGAGGAAUGACUGCUCAUAUUUUCCUAUUGUAGAGAUUCGGACCGAGAAAGCGACGAUUACCCCAUUAAUUUGAGCUAGGAUGAAAGAUUCGUGGAUGAGGAACGUGAAAGUGAAGGACUAGCGUGCAGUGCAGAACGUAUAUUUUUUCGCUCUGACCGUAACUUCGGUACAAGGGUUCAUUGGAUUCCACACUCUCUACUUUUUCUAUUGUGGAUCACGGAUUUGUAUUUUAAACCACCUCGGAUACUAUAUCCUCUUGAAAAUGAGAGUCGAGAACGCGAAAUGGACAUUCACAGUGACUUUUAUCUCCACGACAAUACAUCGAUGAAGCUCUUUAGCUACUGAGCUAACGUGAUAGCAUCGGGCUUUACUGCAUAUAGAAACAAAACAAAUAAGUCCCCGACUGGAAGGAUAGACAGAAGAUCAACAAUACUACCAAACUCUGGACAUGUAAAUAAACGGUUAAUGCUUUCCAGCUUGGCUAAGCUUAAUAAUGAUGUUGCUAACGACGCCAUUGAAGCUAACUUAGCUACGGAACCUCGACAGAGCUAUGCUAAAAACAUUAGCUCUGCACCUAUGCCAGCUCUCAUCUGCUCAUCACGACCCGUGCUCACCUGCGUUCCAGCGAUCGACGGUACGACGAAGGACUUCACCCGAUCACAGAUGCGGUUGGCGGCCCGGAGACGGAGGAAGUCAAGGUGAGGUCGUUCGGCUAGCGCGUCUGCUAUCCUCAAAGUGCUCCUGGUUGUGUUGCUGUAGUCCGCCGCUAAUAGACCGAUCGCACCUACAGCUUUCUUUUUUGCAGUCUCCAUUGUUCAUUAAACAAAUUGCAAAAGAUUCACCAACACAGAUGUCCAGAAUACUGUGGAAUUUUGAAAUGAAAACAGAGCUUUUUGUAUUGGAUUCAAUGGGCUCCGAAUACUUCAGCUUCCACUGUUGACGUCACGCGCAAACGUCAUCAUAUCGAAACGUUUUCAGCCGGAAGUUUGCCGGGAAAUUAAAAUUGCACUUUAUAAGUUAACGCGGCCGUAUUGGCAUGUGUUGCAAUGUUAAGAUUUCAUCAUUGAUGUAUAAACUAUCAGACUGUGUGGUCGGUAGUAGUGGGUUUCAGUAGGCCUUUAAAGUCUCUGUUUCACAAUCAAAUGUUCUGCUUUCGUUUAGAGGUCUGUGUAAUUUUCAUAUAAUAAUGU